AUGGACCGCCAAGCAAGCGCUACUAGAGCGGACUUGGAGUACAUGCUAAUUAAUGAACUCGCUGAGCCAAAGGCCCUGCCUUUUUUACUUUUGAAAGACGUCACAAACAAUUUUUCUGAUAAGCAGGAAAUUGGACGAGGUGCAUCUGCGGUGGUUUAUAAGGGAUCCAUCGGGAAUCGUGCGAUUGCUGUGAAGAAGCUAUAUAUAACAAGUACACACGAGGAUAAGUUCAAAAAAGAGAUUGAUUGCCUGAUGAGGGUGAAGCAUAAAAAUAUUGUUCGGUUUCUAGGAUAUUGUUCCGAUGCACAAGGGUUUAUGACCAGGCACAAUGGGAAACUUAUCAUAGCAGACACGCUAGAACGAUUGCUUUGUUUCGAGUAUCUACAUGUAGGAAGUCUUGAUAAACAUAUCACAGAUGCAACAUGUGGAUUUGAAUGGAGCCAACGCUAUCAAAUAAUUGUUGGAGUUUGUCAGGGCUUACAUCGACUUCAUGAGGAUAACAUUCUUCAUUUGGAUCUGAAACCGGGAAAUAUACUUCUCGAUGACAACAUGCUCCCCAAAAUUGCUGAUUUUGGCCUCGCAAGGUGCUUGGAAAAAGACCAAACGAAGGUUCUUACUGAACAUAUAGGUGGAACAUUUGGAUACAUAGCACCAGAAUUACUCGGUGGUGGUGCAAUCACAGCCAAGACUGAUUUGUACAGUCUUGGAGCCAUAAUCAUGGAGAUACUGACAGGAGGCAGGCAGUAUAACAGAUAUCGCGUCGACGACGAUGUACUUGAGAAAUGGAUCGACAGGUUGGGAGAAUCGCGAACAAAUGCACAGUUGGACCAGAUAAGAGUAUGCGCUGAGAUAGGAAUCGAGUGCAGCAACAUUAACCCAGCCAUUAGACCAGAUAUAAAGCAAAUUAUCGAUAGACUUGGAAAGACAGGAAGUACACAGGAAACCCAAGAGACUGACAAGCUACUUCGCAUUCAGCCGACUGUACUUGUGUUUCGCUUGCAAUCUGGGAAGUUGAUCCCAUGCCCGCUACAGCUAACAAAUGACACAGAUGAACACGUGGCAUUUAAGCUUAGUACAACACAGAGUGUGGACUGGUCGGAGCACUUCAUGACCAGGAUGCCUAUAUAUGGCAUUGUCCCGCCGCGAUCCACCUACACCCUCAUUCUAACGGUAUUGGAGUGGGAGGUACCACACAAAAGAAGUUGCAUUAUGGUCCUGCAAAGUUGUAUAUCAGCAGACAACCACAUCCGGAAGUUCAGAGACAAACCUGAGUGCGAGGAAUUUUUCAAAGUUAACAAGGCACGGAAUGCAGUACAUGAGGUGGAACUAGGCGCCUUUUUGUGUCAGAAAGGACAGUCAACACCAUCUGAGAUCGUAUCCGUGGAGAAACCGUCAAAAACUCUAUAUUCCGUGGACACACAUCCCACCAAGCAAUGGAUUAUAACUGGACAUGACUGUGGACAUGUUCGCAUCUGGAACCAUGAGACAAAGAGCCUGUUGGAUUCGUUUAAAGUCUCGCAGGGACCAGUUUAUUCUGUUAAAUUUAUUGCGCGGAAGCAAUGGUUCAUUUCCGGCUCAGCGGAAGGUCUCAUACAUGUGUACAGCUAUGAAAAAGAAAUGCAAAAGAUCACCAGUUUCAGAGCUCAUGAUGGCCUCAUGUCGCUGGCCGUUCAUCCGACCCAGCCGUAUGUGCUGUCAUGGCCUCAUUCGCGUCACCACGAGAAGAAGCUUUGGAACUGGGAGAAGGGAUGGUUAUGCACACAGAUAUUUGAGAGGGAAUACUUUCAAAGGGAUUUUGUAUGCCAGGUUGCUUUUGACCCCAAGGAGACCAACCGUUUUGCUAGUACUUCGGAAUACAAAGUGAAGGUUUGGAGCCUUGAUUCUCCCAAAUCUAACUAUACUCUGCCAAAGUAUCUUGACAAAGUGAAUUUCCUGGAAUUCUUCACACGUGAUGAUCAGCAGUAUUUAGUUACUGGCUCUCAUGAUAUGACUGCAAAGAUAUGGGACAUGCAGAUGGAAAAAUAUGUUCCUGAUAAGCUGCAAAAUUUAAUGUCUCCGGUGGCUUCUCUUUUCUCACAUCGCAAUCUACCAAUACUACUUACAUGUUCAUCUGAUGGCACCUCUCAUUUCUGGAGCUCGAAAGACUUCAGGUAA